AUGGCUCCCUUGGGAUUAUUGACCCAACUUUCUCAAAAUUUGGCUCCUACGAGGUAUGGAUUUUCUGUAUCUGCCUUCCGUCCUCAGGGGGAGGGGAAGGAUGAAGAGAAGGGAAGAGAGGGGUAUCAAUCGAUUAAUAAACCGUUGUCAGUCGUUUCUUGUUCCAACCAGAUGUAACGGUGGUCUCGAGUCAAUCGAGAUGCUUCUUUUUUUUCGUUUUCCAAUGUUAGAGGCCUGGUAUCAUAUCCUUCCACUGGUCUCUUCCUGCCCUUUCCUUCGCUCUCCUCUCCUUCCUUUUUUUUUUCACCGAAAACCGUUGAAGCGAGCGACGUCCCUACUCGACACAAAACAAAUAAACC